CUGUAGCAGCUGCAUGAUGAGGGCCAAGGCCUCAGACAUGCUCAGGAAGGACUGCGUCAAAGUGGCGGUUAGAGUGCGCCCAUUCAACAAGAGAGAGAGGGAUGCAGGCAGCCGUUGUGUUAUCUCUCUGGUGUCAACCUCCAUCAGCAUCCAGGACCCUCGUGACUCCCACAACCGACGUUCUUUCUGCUUUGAUUAUGCCUACUGGUCCCACAGCGGCUUCACCAGAGACCACACUGGUCUCUUUGUUCCUGAAGAGCCAGGGGGACGAUACGCUGACCAGCAAAGUGUUUUCCAGGAUCUUGGAGUGGGAAUACUGGAGAACGCCCUGCAGGGCUACAACACCACACUGCUUGCAUACGGACAGACUGGAUCAGGGAAGAGUUACUCAAUGGUGGGCCACGGGCCUAACAAAGGCCUGGUUCCUAAACUAUGUGAUCGACUGUUUGAGGCAAUCAGAGAAAACCAAGAAAACAGAAAGUGUCAGGUCUUUUUUAGUAUGCUGGAGAUCUAUAAUGAGCAGGUGGUCGACCUGUUAUCUCGGGGGUCUCGCACUGCAGCCGGACUUAGAGUGAGGGAGGAGCUGCAAAGGGGCUUCUAUGUUGAAGGUCUUCGUAAAAUCCCCUGUGAAAAUGCUCUGCAGGUGGAGCAGUUGAUGGAGCAGGGGACCAGGACCCGAACCACUGCUGCCACUCAAAUGAACGCCAACAGCAGCCGUUCUCACAUGCUCAUUAUUCUGCAGCUCAAACAGAUCUUUUCCAAGGAAUGCAUCACGAAGCAGUCCAACAUCAACCUGGUGGACCUGGCUGGCAGCGAGCGCCAGCGAUCCUCCGGCUCUGAAGCAGACAGACUCAAAGAGGGAACAGCCAUAAACCUGAGCCUAACCACUCUGGGCAACGUCAUCAGCGCCCUAGCAGAUGUUGCUGUGGGAAAAAAGGCGGUCCACAUUCCCUACAGAGACUCGGUUCUCACCAAGUUGCUGCAGUCUGCACUGGGGGGAAACAGUCGAACUGUCAUGAUUGCCACUCUAAGUCCUGCAGAUAUCUGCUAUGAGGAGUCUCUCUCUACCCUGCGCUAUGCUGAAAGGGCAAAGCGUAUCCAAAACAGGGCAGUGGUGAAUGAGAGCCCCACUGAACGCCUUGUUAAAGAGCUAAAGGCUGAGAAUGCCAGACUGAUACAGAAACUGAGCCGCAUGGAGCAGGAAGGGCGCAGAGCCAGUGACGAAUCCAAGGAACUUCGUCAGCUGUUGACCCAGAACGAGCUCCAGAUCAGAGCUAUCCAGACCCUUUGGGAACAGCACCUGCAAGAGGCGCUCAAAGACUGGGAGCAGCAGUAUGCCAGUAUUACACAGGAGAGGAGGAUGAUGCAGACGUAUCCCUACAUCCUGAACAUCAAUGAGGACGCUCAGCUGUCGGGGGUGGUAAAGCUUUUUAUUCAGGAAGGUGUGUGGGACAUCGGGCUUUGUGACUCUUCCCCCAGAUCAAUUUCUAUCAAGGGCUUAGGGAUUCAGGAGCGUCAUGCUGUAUUCAGGAACGAACAGCGGAGGGUAACGCUGACUCCACUGACGGGGUCAAAAGUUAUCAUCAAUGGAAACUCUGUGUACGAGGCGACUGAGCUGCAACACUUGGACCGUCUCAUUCUGGGUUCUAACUCUACUUACCUGUUCAUCGGUUAUCCUUCUGAGAGGGGUGGGGAGGACUGGAGUCGCUAUGAUUAUGAUUACUUCCAGUCAGAGCUGGCUGCUGCAGAAGGCAUUCAUCUGGGUGAGUCACCCACUGGUUGUAGCCAGGCAGAUCCCAGUCUGUUGGUGGUCUUCUAUGACUACAUUAAGCUGAUGCCCAUGGUGGCUGAGGCCAAUCAGAUGAGCCAGGAGCUGAGUAAGGGGGUGGAAUUUAAGCUUGAAAUAAAAAAUCUGGCCCUGUCGGACUCUAGAGGUCACGAUCUGCAGAAAGAUAUUGUUGUCAGAGUGACCUCAGCAGGAAGCAAACAGGUCUGGAUGUGGUCAAAAGCCAAGUUUGUUAACCGCAAGUUUCUAAUGGAGGAGUUCUAUCAGCAGUUCAAGGCUGCCCAGCAUGAGGACGAUGUAGCAGAGGAUCCUCCAGCGGUUGUGGUACCCAGAGAUAAAGACCCAUUUUGGGAUCCAGUUGAGCCUGUACUUUUGGGAACUGCUCACCUCUGGCUUCAGUCUUUGGCCUUCCGCAUUCCUCUGGAAGAGCAACUGGAGGUGUUGGGCUCAGAGGGAACAGAGGAGGCCAUUCUACAAGCUCAGCUCGUCCCCUGUACCUCCUCUGCACAUCCGCUGGGAGAGGACGACAUCCUGAUUGACCCGUCUGAAAUAUUGGGACGACGGCUGGACUUUCAACUUGUCCUGGAGCAGUGCUGUGGGGUUCGCUGGAUCAGGGAGGCCCGGAAUCGUGGGAUCCAAAUUGGUUACAGGGUGUUUGAUUGCAGCGAGCCACUCUACACUCCAGCUGUGUGGCAUAACAUCAACCCUCUGUUAGAUCAUAGGGUUCAAUUCACCUCCCUCCAAACAUCCCAACAUCUGCUGGACUACCUGCAAAGCAGUGCUGUGGUGCUUGUGCUCUGGGGUCUACAAGAGGGUUGUAAUCCUUUGAAUUCAUCACUGGAAGCUGUGAGAAUGACUACAGAGGGCUUCUUCAUCCUCGACGUGUCGAGUCCACCAGAAGCUGCACUAUAUGACUUUGCUGAGCUCAGCUGUUCAGUCAGAGCUCUUCAACAGGACGUGAAUAAACUAAAGAGUCUUAAUAAAUCACUAAGGAAAGAAAAUCAGAGUUUGAAAGAACAACUCAACACAGCCAGGAACGGAGGAAUGGAGAAUGGACGUGGUCGCUCUCUGCGUCCCAGCUGUGAUGCAGAAUUUGCACGCGCCCUGAAAGUUUUCUACCACAGUAUGACUUCUGUAAAGGGUCAUCUGCAGCGCCUGCGCAGACACAGACCCAGUGAGGAGUCAGACCUGCUUGGACUCAGGCUGUUUAUGGACGAGCAGUGUCGUCUGCUGAGAGACUUCUCAGAGCUGCUGGAGGAGAGUGUCUCUAAGCUCAAACAAGACGUUGCCGCCAUUGUACGUCGCAAAAGAGAACGUUCAGGCAUUUGGUCCUAGCUUUGCUUUCUGUUGAUUUAAAAUGAUAUUCAAACUGUAAGUACCAGUUAUCUUUACCUCCCAGCACAAUUGAGGUUCCUAAUCAAAGUAUUGUUGUUCAGUCACAUGCAGAUAUGAUUCUAAAAGUGUUGAGAUGUCAAUCACGACACAGAAAAUAUUCAAGUCUUAAAUGUUUAUUAGACUGCAUGAAAAAGAAGCUUUAUCAGUACAGCUGCAAAUAAAUUAAGUAUUAAAAAUCACAAUGAACAUUUUUACCCUCAGAGUUUUAAGCCAUUUUAGUUCUGAGCUUUUUUCCCCUCAUGCUUCACUGUUAGUGGUUUAUAAAGACAGACCAGUGUGAAUGUUUUUUUUUCUCCCCCCGAAUAAAAAUGUCCCAUGUUGAGAGGAAAGCACUCUGGUUAUGCAUGUAGCCUGUUAUGAUAAAGUACAGACAAUUGCUGUAGGUCCAAAAAAUGUAAAUAGGAGCAGAAACGGAAGGCAGAUCAGUCAUCAUACAGGAAAUCUAUGUACAAAGUAGAUGAAGGCAGAUCAGCAGACUGGGCCCAUUUGUUGAACAGCAAUCUCAGAAUUUGCUCAGUCUUGAUUCUUAUGUUUUUAAUUGCUGCUAGUGAUAGAAACGGAGUACACAAAGACGAUCAGAGGCAGAUGUACGUUUAGGUGUUUGAACUAAAGAGGUAGACUUAAACCACAAAGCGAGCGGUCACAAUUUACUGUGUCUGAGCACUUCUUCUCUUAGGAGAAAGCACCCAAUGAUGUGAAUAUAGAACAAGAGAAGGCUGAAGGUAAAGGUGAGGUAGGUUAAAGGUCAAAGGAUAAGGAGUUAAACUGUAAAACCAAUAUUUACAGGUUCUUUGUUAGAUUUACAAGCAGAAAAUAAAAUGUCAGAGCCAGUAAAAUGUAAUGAAUGUUCCUCUGCCAAUUAUCUACACCCAUUGAGGCAGGCCUGAAGGCAAACAUGUACAGGGUUGAAUAUUACAACACUCCUAAAGAUCUAGUCAUAUACCUGUCAGUCUUGUACUCAGCAUGGUUUUUUUUUCUAAAUUAAAUAAACUAUUUUUAAGACGAGUGAAGGCUUUUUUUUUUAGGUAGAUUUCAGUCCGAUCCUUUUAAGGUCCGCAAUUUUUCACAUUCAUUUAAAAUAAAUUCACUGAAUUUAUGGUAGGUAUUUUAGAGUUAAAUGAUUGAAGCAUAAGCAGCACAUCACCAGUUUGCACUGGUACUUCUACAUUUUCU